UGUAUAAAGAAUGACCUUGCCAAUGAAUACAUAUAGAUAAAUGUACGAUUUCACCUAUUAUGUCUUCCAACUGCCUUUCCUCUGAAAAGCUUAGAGCCCAUUUGCCCAGCUCCCCAUUUACCCUCCCCCAGUGAGUGACAUCAUGACACGCAGCUUUGAAAUUCACUGACAGUCACAGAAUUGCUCACUCCGGUUCCAAGCUGGGGAGAGGCAGUACUGGAUGACAGGAUGGAGAGAUGGAAACACGGCUGGUACUUCUGAUUACGGUGGCGGCAGGACACCUGGAGUUUUACAGUCAGGAGAGCCAUGCCACCCUGGGUGGGACACGGUGUUGAGUAGUGAACAACAUCUCUAGACAAGACCCUUUCGUCUCCGCUUAUUUUUUAUCCACUCUCAAGAAAAGUAGGAGCAUAGCUUUGGAAGGCUUCACCGCUGACUUGCCUCCCUGUGCGUGGUCACGUCAGUUCAAGCCGUUCUUCCACCACCAGAAGCACCCAGGACCUUGAUCCCGUUUCAACUGAUGUCAGCCAUCACUAUGGGCAACUCAACCUCAUCUGGAUUAGAGGGAGCUGGAGCCGUGACAGGUGUGGAUGUCUUGUCUUCAGGGAGCUACAAUGGUAGCUCCUCCAGCAGUAGUGCAUGGUGCAUCAGUGGAAGCGGUCCCUGGCUGCUAGCGAGCGUACUGUCCCUCAUCAUACUGAUGACUGCCUGUGGAAACACGCUCCUUAUCACCCUGGUCUUCACCCAGCGUUCCUUGCGCUGCACCUCUAACUGCUUCCUGGUGUCGCUCUUCCUUUCUGACCUGAUGGUGGCGCUAGUGGUCAUGCCCCCUGCCAUGCUGAACGUGUUGUGCGGCGCCUGGGUGCUCUGGCCGGGCUUCUGUCCGGUGUGGCAAAGCUUCGAUGUCAUGUGCUGCAGCGCCUCUAUUCUCAACCUGUGCGUGAUUAGCCUGGACCGCUACCUGCUCAUCAUCUCACCUCUACGCUACAAGCAGAGGAUGACCCCUCCAAGAGCUCUGCUGCUGGUGGGAGGGGCCUGGGGCCUGGCAGCCCUGGCCUCCUUCCUCUCCAUCAAGAUGAACUGGCACAGCUUGGGGCAGUCUGCUACCAGCACCAACAUCAGUACCCCUCUGGAGCUGAGGGCUCUCUACCCGGAAUCCUACUUCAGGGAAUUGGUGUCUACUUCCGGGCGCUUGUCCUUCCAGUGUCGGCCGAAAGUCACGCUGCCCUUCGCCGUGGUGGCAUCCGUCCUCACUUUCCUUCUGCCCUCUAGCGCAAUCUGCUUCACCUACUGUCGCAUCCUGCUGGUGGCGAGGAGGCAGGCGAGGAGGGUAGCUGCUCUAAGUCACCCGCCGUACCCGUAUCACUCCCCCCGGGAGCCCUCACGACCUCCGACCCCAGGGGGCAUGGCACUGCACGGGGAGGACUACAGCCAUCCGGAACCUCCUGUGUCACGCAAUGUGCCGUUGUCGGUGAACAGCGAGCGUCGGCUGGCUCACAGGCAGGGUCGCAGGGCACUAAAGGCCAGUCUGACCCUGGGAGUCCUCUUGGGCCUCUUCUUCGGUGCCUGGCUGCCUUUCUUCAUCACCAACAUGGCCCAGGUGUUGUGUCCUAAGUGUGUGCCCCCUGCCCUCUUUGAGGCCAUGACUUGGCUUGGCUACUGCAACAGCACCAUGAACCCCAUCAUCUACCCACUCUUCAUGCGAGACUUCAAACGAGCCUUCGGGAGGCUCCUGCCUUGCUGCCCCUCCCACUCCCCUCGGAGGCCCUCGCCGGCCCUCUCGCUCUCCCUCCGCAACUCCGGGGAACCCAACCUGGCGACCGAGCCGCCCUCCCUGGCGUCCGAUCCGCCCCAGCCCCCCGCCACCGCCACGGACGCUGUCAACCUCUUCGACGCCGAGCACGCUGGGAUGGAACUGCCGUUGCUUUUGCCCAAUCAGGUGGACACGCUGGACUGACAAGGGGGAACAUGGGGAUGUCGCACAGAGAGGAAAUGAGCAGGCCACACAUGCUUAAAUGUAAACAUCAAUGGAAAAAGCUGGUUUUAUGAGGAGGGCAGACCUCACUCUUGUCACAGCACAAAAGUGCUCUACAGCGAGUGAGACAGAAAUCCUUUUUAAUCUGUCACUGAGUGAGGUGCUGGACUCGAGAGAACAAGAGAUGGCUUUGACCUGAGAAUAACUAGGUGACUAUAUUGAUCAUAGCCUUAUGGACAUCACAUUGCUGUGACAAUAAGCAUGGCAACUAGGCUAUGAGAAAUAAAACAAAACCAUAGAGGAAGAGAGAGGCUGUUGUUCUCAUCCUGUUACAUAAUUUUAUACCCCACCAAAAAACAGUUAGGUUUACAGUCUUGUAUUUGAAAUGUAGUUUUGUAAUUUACAUUGUAUAUACACAUUCCGAGAAUACUUUUAAACUCAAUACUGAUAAAUUAUGCAACACAUUUUUUUCACAGUAGAAUCAUCCGUAAAAUAUUACAGACAAUACAUGUUAAGGUCACAUUGUUAAAUAAAUCUAAAAAGGUUCCAAUUGAAUUUAUGGUUAGUUCCUGUAGUCUGAGUUCAUCAUUUUAAUUUGCCAUUUGAGUCGUUUGUGUGUUCCGAAAUCUUAUUCUUUUGAGAAUGCAAAGGCCGUCUAC